AUGGGCCCUAGAAAACAGGCCAACAGCCGAUCCACGAGAUCACAAAUCAAGAAAUCUGAGCCUGUCGUCGAAGAAGAGAAACGGGUGCUGUCGGCACCUACUACGUCAGAAGGCCUGCUGCAAUCGAUCGGCAUAACGCAAUAUGUUUUUGAGCUUAUUGAUAAACAGGCCUCAAUAGCAGAUUGGAUCCAGUGGUUUGUUCUGGUCUUUGUUGCGAACGUGAUAUACAUCUUGUUCAACGACAAAUCGAAGGGUGACUCAUUCAAUGUACAGUAUUUGUACGAUUCUAUCUUCACAUUGCUGUGUGUUGUUUCUCAGGUGGUCGUCGUCUUCCAUCAUCUUUGGAAAAAAUAUAAAGUCACGGGCAAAAACGCUCCACAACUCCCGGAACUGGAACUCAUCUACGCUGUCUUCAUUCCACUUGCCAUUGCGCUGAUGCGAAGCCCAAGAAACCUGGUCCUAGUUGCUGGCUCUGUGGCGCUGGUGUCUGAUUUGCAGGAGCUUGUGAGAAUUGGAGUAGCUAUGCUCCUGGAGAUUCAGCUGCUCACAUCACAUGAAAAUACCGACUCUUUGCCCUUCGCUUUUGUUCUCGCUGGUCCAGUGUGGCACGUGGCCGUUACGUCCCUGCUGGAGUAUGUGGCUCCGAACUCGUUCUCCAAAAGCGAAAGAAACAUUUUGGGAACUCUUGCCGUUUCUCUGGUUCUGUUCAUCAACACGCAAUCUUUAGUACACCUCCAAAUUCUCCAGAAACUUAUGGUUUCAUUUUCUGCGGCCACGGGGGUCUGCUACACAAUUUACCUGGUGUACGAAAACACCGGUCGGAAUUGGGCCGUUCUUGCGAUUUUGCAGGCGGCAUUCUACACCAUAGGGGUUCAUCUUUCCAUCUACUUUUUGACGCCGGUACUUAAGGAAAACCCUCUUUUGUGGCUGCAAAAUUACAUCCAGGAAACAGAAUCCCGAUGGUUCAUCUUCCAACUCUGGCUUUGUGGGCUUUUCAUCGUUCUGCCUUCUCUGUUCAUCAUUGCGCCAGUGUUUCCGUUAGAUGUGCGCCGUAAAGUGUGGCAUUUCGUUUUGUUUGCAGCCUUGUCGUAUCCGCUGCUCGUUGAUCCUCAGAUAGUCGCCCUGGCACUGAUCGGGCUAUUUGGCCUGUUGUUGCUGGUGGAACUGCAAAGAGCUUUGCGAAUCCCGCCAUUCGGCAGCUUUUUCCAACAAAAGUUUACUGAUUUCCUAGAUGAAAAGGACAUGAAGGGUGAGAUCGUCUCGUCAUACCUAUUUCUGGUGCUGGGCGUUGCACUGCCUAUAUGGCUUGACCCCGAGGCUCCGGAGGCAAUCGCAGGCCUGGUUACAGUUGGUCUCGGCGACUCGUUUGCGUCCCUUCUGGGCAAGCGGGUAGGAGCCAAUUUCUGGCCAGGAACGAAGAAAACGGUCGAAGGAUCCGUUGCAUUUGCGACAGUUACCGCAGGUGGCUUGGCUCUGUUCAAGCAGUUAGGCCAGAACGACUUCUCCUAUUCCAACAUUUUUUGCACAGCAAUGCUUUCUGCAAUGGUGGAGGGGUGUACUACAAUGAACGAUAACCUACUGGUUGCACAAUUGCCCCAACCAUCGUUUGAUUUGCCGGAUCUGGCUGGCUACCACCAGAUCAAGCAGAUAAACACCGAGCUGGAGGGAGAACGAUAUAUUCAAUUGAACGUGCAAAGUACCCCUGAAUGGAUAAACUACGUUUGUGAACUUCUGAAAAAGAGCGAUGCACUAGGAAUUGUGGCCAUUCUAGAUUGUGCUUACCAGUUCGGGUCUGCUGAUAUAGUGAACUCUGGUCUUCAUCAGAUCAAAGAAAUGUUGCAAAAAGAUAAUUCAGGCACGGAACUAGGCGAGUUGCUAAGCCGAGUAGUUGUUUAUGAUGAUUUUGAGAACCUUGGUGACGUGAACAGGUUGCUGAGCAACAUCUUGGAUAUGAUACCGACACAGUUACAGGACCGACCUCUAAAUUGCAUACUCGUCUCCAAUACAUCGAUUUUCUAUUGGAAUCUCCGCGAUAAGGAGAACUUUGAUGAACUUGCCGAGCUCCAUCGCGUAUGCAGGCAAUUAUCCUCGAAACUCGGGUGCUACGUUCUGUCGAGCCGAAGUCUCUUCGAAUAAGACAUGCUUUAUACACCCAUACACCGCAAACUAUCUUGGAAUAAAAUUUUUUUAGAUCGACAUACGGAUCAAGAAAAUCAUUUGGACAGAAUGGCCACCGAAGACCUCAAACCCAAGAUUCUUUCGCAGGUCGAGUUCUACUUCUCGGACUCGAACCUUUUGAAUGACAAGUUUCUCUUCACCACUCAACAAGCCAACGACGGCUGGGUUCCAAUUAGCGUCAUUUCGCAAUUCGAGCGUAUGAAGAAGUACAGACCGAUCGAGACCAUUGUCGAGGCUCUGAGACAGUCUGAGAGCCUAUUGGAGGUCUCUGAGAAUGGUGAGAUGGUGAGAAGGAAAACUCCAUUGCCAGCAAACCAGAACGAGGUCCAGGUUGCAAUCAACAAGAGAAGCGUUUUUGUCGAGCAUUUGCCCGAGGAUGCCACUUUGGACGAACUCAUUGAGUUCUUUGGAAAGUUUGCCCCUGUGAACCAAGUCCGAAUGAAGAAAAGGGAUAAAAAGUUUGUUGGAUCUGUUUUUGUUGAGUUCAAGAAGGAAGAGGACGCAAAGAAAUUCGUGGCCGCCGAGGAGAAGCCAAAGUACAACGACAAGGAGCUCAAUGUGAUUAGCAAGGUCAGCUAUGACGAAUAUAAGGCUCAGAAGUUUGGUGAGAGAAGAGGCGGCCGUGGCAGAAAGGAAAAAUACAGAAAAGACGACCAGAAGGACCGUAAGAGGGAAGAGUCUCCAAAAAGAGAGGGAAGAAGCGAGAAGGAAGACAGAAAUGACACGAAGGAGGAAAAAGAGCCAGAGGACGACAAGAAGGAAGAGUAAUGUAUACUACGUAUCUAGAUUGAAUGUGCUUACAUAAUGCUAAACGGUGACAC